AUGGACCGAGACUCGAGAUCCCCCGAGAUAGAGACGAGGGAACGAGCUGUCUCGUCUGAGCCUACUGGAACUAGGCCGAACCCGUUCGAGGACGGCGACGAGAGCUCAAGAAAGCGACGUCGAACUUCUACAAUAGCAGGCUCUCGCAGUCGCUCAGUAGAAACGGUUCAUUCAUUAAAGGGCUGCGAAGCUGGCUUGAACACAUCCCCUCCAACCACGGCAACCUCCAAGUCUCCACCCACUGCUACUGAGGACGGCACCAUGACCAUCGAUACAAGCUUGGAGAACACCCCUGAGAGCGCUCCUCACACCCCGGACAACACUGCUCCACCAGCCCAUGUUACGCUCAGCCUCCGCAACUCGGCACAUCGGGUCCUGGACACCAUCCCAUCCUCUCCUUGCUCCACUCCACAGAGCCCCAUACCUGCUCUUCCUGUCUGGCCGUUAGGUGGCGAAGCUACAACUCUUGAGGCCGGGCCGUACGACGCUGCCCCAAUGCAGCACCCAGCCAUUCUCGGGAUAUUCGGGGCCCUCGGAUCAGAUAGGGCUGCAGAUUCAGACUCUCUGCGAGUUUCCCGUUCCGACACCACCAGCCCGCCAGUUGAAGUUAUUGGUGGCCAGCUAGAGGAUGAUGCGGACUUUGGCAUCGCACAGACGCAAGUGAUGUUGCUUCCAGAUGAGCAGGACGAACAGGGGGGCAUUCCCGCCGAUCCAUCUAGCGACUUCCCUUACCAGAAUGCGACUGAAACGCACGCGGAAAUCAUGGCAAAGCUGAUCAAUUACAUGUCAACGGAUGUGCACGUGGCUCAAAACAUCAGAACAUGGAUAGACAGUUACCUCCUCUUCGCCAAGGGUGCGCCGUUUGACAUGGUUCUUGCAUCGUAUCGCCAACACCGUGCGCUUUGGUUCGCUCUUCCGGACUUGGUCUGGGGUGUGCCUAAUCUGCGCUCCCCCACCUUUGCGAUUCUCGACGAAAUCUUACGUGAACGGCUCCUCGACUUCUGUGAAUCGUUUGCUAACAUCACCGCGUAUUUCGUCGAGUUUGAUUUCGAAAUCUUGCAGCAGAGCCGGUCCCCCGAUGAGCUCCAGCCAAGGGAUUUUAUCUCCUCCCACUACCUCAUUGCUCUUUCCAGCAUCACCAGAAGGGAGGUGUCGCCAAGAGACGACGAUAGGAUCCGUGUGCCUGAGCGCGAUGAAAUCACCGACAUCAUGGACCGAUUCCUUUCUUUCCAUGAUUUUCCCCCCUGUGGCACCCUUCUAUUGCUAGAUAGGCUCCUACAAGCGCAGAUUGCAAUGAUGCCGACUACCCCGAGAAUCAUUGAAAACUUUGGCCAAAUAUGUGUCAUGGCUUCUUUUGUCAUCCGGGAGGCCGGCCGGAAACUGGUGUUUUCCAACCAUCGGCUGCCUGGUGCCACUGUGCUGAACAGCCGCAUAGCAUUGGGCCACGACAUCUUCAAGACAGCAUCCGCUGCGCUGUCGACUAUCAUUGAAAACCACAUCACGCAUCUCACGUACGAUAAUGCAAGCCAACAGAUCUCGGCUCUUGGAGACAUAAUUCUCCUGUGUCUUAAGGCAGACAACACGGAGGCUGCAGUGGUUAUCGAAGAGUUUCAGUCAGCACAUCCGGACAUUCGGAUUGAGUUCAUACCCGAUGUCUAUGCUAUGGAAUGGCGCUUCGGCAUGUUUUGUCGCCUCAUCAUGUGCAGCCAAAUGCAGCUGCGUGUCAUGGCCGUCACAAACCUUUGUCAGGAACUUGUUUUAUGUUGGCGCCGGUACGGAGAGCAUCUUCCCGAGUCUGCCCGCGGAGCCCCCGUGCUGAAGUUGGUCUCGAACUUUCUUGCUGCCACGGGUGUCGUUGCCUAUCUUCUCGGGCCCACGUGUCAUCCUGAGAUCACUGCCGAGAGUGGUAAUAUCAUUGGUUUCUUGGCCGUGACGCGAACAUACACAAAUGAACACACCGAUCUGUUCUGGCAGACUGUCACCAACACCCAGGACCCGAGAAUAUCCGAAGCACUGCUGCGCAUGACCUGUCGCAUCACGCAUCUUUUUUCCUACGAUGCUGUCAUCUACUUAUGCCAAAAGAUGCUUGAGCUCCCAAUCUCGGCCUACAAUCAGACGAUGCGGGAGUUCUGCGAUGCCAUCCUUCGUCAUGUAUCCAGUAAGGCCCCAUUGGAAGGCCCCCCACUGGACACGAUACCGUUUGCAGUGUGUCUUCACAUCCUUCGCGAGUCCUCAGUCCCUGGCCUAAAGACCCCAACGGCAUAUCCUGAAUUGCAGAGCUUUGCUAUUGAAAAACUAGGCGAGUUGCUCAAGAGCAUUGGAAUCGAGCCAGAUCAGCGCCAAAUUUUGUACCGGAGCUGUCUGUCAGACAUCAGAGAAAAAUCGCCGACAACCCUGGGCAGCCUCUGUGCCAUCAACAUCAUCAAUCGUCAUUUUGGAAGCCGGGACCUGGCAGUGUUGACUACCGAAAACAAUCUGACAGAGCUUCUUGUCAAUGACAUUGAACACGCCGUCAUCGAAGGCCGACAACUCGGCUCUCCUGCUGUUAUAAGUGGCAACACAAAUUCUCCACGCCGAGACACAAUAUUUCAGAUUGUUGUAUCUCAUGCAACAACAUUGACGCCUGAACUCAGCGCCCGUCUUUGGAACUUGAUGGUUGGACCAGGUGCCGCUUGCGCAGAUGACAGGACUGCAUCCUGGAAAGUUCUUAUUGCUUGCAUAAAGCGGAGCCGGCUUGAAAGCAACCCUUUUCUGUCUCUCUGUUUCAGCAAAUUUCUUCCUGUUCUGCCGCCGAGCUGCUUCUGCGAGGGCUUGCUGGAAUUCAUACAGGAUAACCUUAUGCCAUUGGUCAACGACGUUAGCAGCAUUGUAUUGGACGACGAAGAUAUGAACGCUGAUCGCAGCAUCCUGGAGCAACUAUGGCGGAUCGUCCUGACAGCUCCUCCUGGAACGAUUGAACUGGAAGCUAUUAGCUUACUGGUGAAGGAUGUCUAUAUCGAAAGCCGAUUGAUCUUGUCGUUCCCCCAUCACAGAGCUCGCAAGGUCCAUCUAGCCUUAGUCAACCGCUGUUUAAGGCAUCUUUCCUCUGCGGCCAAGAAAUUGAAGCUAUACAACAACGAUGGUAUAUCAAGCGGAGACGACGAUUCGUUGGUUGUGUUGCCCUCUGGUUCACAGAUUCAGGAACAAGAGGCUUUGUUUGUGCGAUCCCUUUGUGUUCUGAAGGAGUUUCAUCGCCUUUACCGCACAAAAUCCAAUUUCUCCGCUCCUGAUCUGGGCUCGUACCUGUCGGAAAGUCCUGAGAACAUCAAAGGUGAGCCGGCCCAGCUGAAAUACCAAUCAUUCGAUGGUGUCAGCCAAACAGAAGUGAAGCCACUCAACAUUGGACGGCGCAAUACUGCCGGAUCUCUCCUUGCCAGCCUCAGAGAGGCAACAGGUUUUGACAACUACCGUGUCUUCUAUCGAGGCCAGGCUUUCAUGCCUCGGGAGAGCGAUAUCUGCAGGCCAUUAGAGGAGUUGCGAAUUCACGAUGGCCUCAUUCUUGUGAAAAAGGAGUCCGAUCCACAGACACCACCGCCUCAGGUACGGCCUGGCACAUCCCCAGUCGACAUUGAAAUUCUCGGGCACUUCAAAGAGCUGUGGGAGUACCUAAGCAUGGAGGAGAAACUGGCUCGAGAAAUUCACCGAUUUUUGUCUGUUCUUCCCGUUGAGGGCAGCUUUCUGCAGAAGUUUGGCAAUCCCGACCUGUCAUAUAAGGAUAUUUUUCCGAUUGGACAACCCUACAAAUCGCUCUACGCAGUCUACGGAUUACGGGAAUAUCUUCAGCUACAUCGCCGGGCCGUUGGGCCUAUCAAGGGCGUCACCGGAGUUGGCGGAGAGACUGGAAGCAGUGGGUCGCAUGAGUUGGCGACGGACGAUUCCCGGAUAACAGGGACUGUCCCGGUCAGUCUAAAUGCUCAGGCUCCAAGCGAAGAGCAAAGUUCCGUGAAGGCCUACAAGGAGGCACUUGCUACGGCAAAACGACUGUCGAUUGCGGCGAUCUGUGAUCCGGACGUCACUCAGUUCUCUACUAGUGUCGAUCUGCAGAUAUCACUUUCUUCAAUGCUGAUUGAUAUUUUUGGGUUCAUUCUCAACGAAACUCUGAGUUGCCCUCCCCAUGCCGACCUCGACGGGACGCUCUCAAAUCGCCUGAUGAGCAUCCUCCGCGUCGCAAUAGACGCGCCGUCCACCGAGUCGUCGGUCCGACUGGUGCAGCUUUCUAUUGAGGCCAUCAUUGAUUCCUGUGCUGUGAGCAGUUCGUUUUGGGAGGCUUUUAAGCAAAAUGAGUCCGUCAGCCAAAUCUUCGGCCAACUCCUUCUCGAGGACCAACGGCAGCACAUCCGCCAGCUUGUGGCAAAACGGAUUGGGGGCCAAUUUACUGACCAGCGACACUCCAAUGCUGUCAAAUCCUCCGAGUUCCGCGACUUUUUCUGGCCAAUCAUUGAAGAUCUCAUUCCCAAGGCAAUCCAUCACCCUGAGAAGUGCGAGGACAUCUUCGGAUUGACAUGCCGACUUUUUCAUAUGAUGCGUGGCAGCAAAUCCUCCGUGUUAAAUAUGCCAUCGUUUUCGGCUCAGAUCAGCAAUCUGGUGCUGUCAUAUACGACCUUCGAGGAUGUCACGCAGCCCGACAUUACAGACAAUGCUGCCUCUGGACUACUCCAGGUUCUUUCCGCCAUCAUUCGCACUUCCAAGAAAACGGAUUUUAGGGAUUGGUUCCCCGCAAACUUUGUCAACAAACUAUUCUGGAAACACCUAUUUCCACCUUGGCAAUAUAAAGCCGAAAAUGAAGAGGAUGGCGUUUAUUCGAGCCAGUCAACGUUUCCUCGCGUGCUGAUAAGCCUAGUGUCGAGAACAGAAUUGAUAAGCAUCAUUUCUGAGCUCAUGGAUGCGGAUAAGACCCAACUUCCGGCCCUUACUCAGAAUCUAGAUCAAUUGGUCCCGUGUGAAAAGUCGGAUGACGAUGAACCGUACCACUACGAUCUUCCUCAACAGUUCGAUCGAACCAAGGCCCUCCGGGCACCAUGCGGUUAUGUUGGGCUGCGAAAUCUGUCAAACACAUGCUACCUGAACUCGUUGCUCACACAGCUCUUCAUGAACGUCGAGUUUCGGCGGUUCAUGAUGAAUGUUGAGAUCCGCGACGAGACUAACUCCCAGAAACUCCUGUUCCAGACCCGUCUACUUUUCAGCUUCAUGCAGGAUAGUAUCCGCCGUUACGCGGACACGCAACAGUGUGUCGCCAACAUCAAAACUUAUGACGACACGCCCGUAGACAUUCACAGCCAAAUGGACGUGGACGAAUUCUACAACCUCCUGUUCGACCGAUGGGAGGGCCAGAUGGUUUCGGCUGAAACAAAACGGGCCUUGCGGAACUUUUACGGAGGACAGCUGGUGCAACAGGUGAAAUCGAAGGAAUGCGAGCAUGUUUCUGAACGACUGGAGCCCUUUUCUGCCAUUCAGUGUGAUAUCAAGGGAAAGGCUAGCCUACAGGAGAGUUUGCAGGCAUAUGUUGAUGGAGAGAUAAUGGAAGGCGGUAGGGCGUGUCUGAAGGAUAUUCCGGACAAUCUCAUUCUUCAUCUGAAACGAUUCGACUUUAACCUCCGGACUCUGCAGCGCAGCAAGAUCAACGACUACUUUUCGUUUCCGCAUGAACUCGACAUGCGGCCGUACACUAUUGAUCAGCUGAGCAGUCCAUCGGAGAAAAAGUCGGCGGACAUUUUUGAGCUGGUCGGCGUUCUCGUACACUCUGGGACAGCUGAGUCGGGACACUACUAUUCUUAUAUCCGCGAGCGUCCGUCAUCCGGCCCGGAAGCAGGCUGGGUCGAGUUCAACGAUGAUGUGGUCAGCGCGUGGGACCCGUCGCUCCUGGAGUUGUCUUGCUUUGGGGGCAUCGACCGCAGGCCAAGCCAUUUCGGCGGAGACAGCAGCGGAAUAGCAAUCGACAAGCCGUACAGCGCUUACAUGCUCUUCUACCAGCGGGCGUCAUCACUCGCCAAAGAACAGGAGGCUCUUGCAGCUUCGAAGCGGUCGAGCCCGGUCCGUAUGGAGGUACCGGCUGCGAUUGCAGACCACAUCCGCUUCGAGAACACGUCUCUUGUGCGGAGACACUGUCUUUAUGACCCGCAGCAUAUUCCGUUUGUGAACAACGUGCUCAACAGCGUCAGCAGGAAGUGCUCGGCCAAUCACAGACUGGAAAGUCUAUCGAUGCAGAUGGCUCUCAGCCACCUCGAUCAAGUCGCAUCGCGCAACCGAGACCUUCCCGACUUCCAGUCGCUGCUCAACAGCAUAUUGAUGGUUUGCCAGAGAUGCCAGAACUGCUAUUUGGCCGUAUUCGAAUACUUUGAUGAGCGGCACGAUGUCCUGAGGCAAUUGAUCCAGCGCAGCCCGGAAGUGGUUGUACGGCAAGAAGUGAGCAACUUCUUGAUACACACUAUUCGGGCGAUCAAGGAGACCUUCCCUGAACGGUAUGGACUCGUGCUCGGAGCGGAGGAUAUCGCCUUGUCUUCGGAACAAAUGGAGCUUGAUCAAAACAAUAGCAUUCUGCGAAGCGCCGCAUACAUGAUGCAGACGCUCUGGGAGCACAUCCACGUGUCUCUACGGUCGUGGUAUGAGACGUUUGGGUUUAUGACUGCGUUUGUGCGAAUGGGCCGUCCAGAGCUGGCGGUCUUCCUGGACAUUGACGGCCUCCGCCGUGUCGUCAUGGCAAUUUCGGCAGACAGCAGCUUGUCGAUGGAACCGCAGUACGUUCGCAUGCUGCAGGCAGUACAACGCCGACUUCCGAACCGCCCUCCCUCGUACGAGAACAUGAUCGCCCUGGCCGACACCUUACUUGCAGGCAUGUACCCUGACCGGGCGGGAACGCGUUCCCGAGAGGAGCUGUUCGUGGACGACAACGUCAGCCGGUUCAUUCUGUCGCAGAAAAGUGCUGAUGGAGACCUGCCGAUGACACGGACGGAACUCAUCCUUAUGGGUCGAAACUGGACGAACGGAUACGGCAAUAUCUUUGUGGAAAAGCUGAUCAGCAUCGACCAGAACACGAUGGCGGCCGACUCGAUCAUCAUCCGCCUGAUGGCGUCGCAUCCGCCAAUGGAGGGCAAGGUCCUCACAACGCUCAUGGCGAACAUCUCGUCGGACGCGGCAGCGCAUUACCAGGAACCGUUCCUACGUGUUGCCAAGAUCUUUCUGCGCCAUGCCAAGUCAGCCGAUCUGGUGUUCCAGCUGUCAAAGUACAUUUCGGAGCAGUGCCGCGGGCUCUCCAACACGGACGGCAGGGCCUUCUUCGAGGUUCUGGGCGAGCUGUUUUACGGUCGUGCAAACAGCACAGAUGGGAUGGACCAGGCAGCCCUCAUACGCGGCCUGCACUUGCUUCCAUUGUGGGCUCCCGGACUAUUGGGCUACUAUGACACGUCCGUUAGUAACGACGUGGAGAUCUUCCUGCGAGAAAACCUGUUCCAGUUUGGCACGACGCCGCAGUUUGAGGACAGCCAGGGAGGUGCAGAACGUGCCCUGGCCUUGACGUCGGCAGCGAGGCAGCUUGGUCUGGAAUGCCUGAAGUACAUGAAAAUGUUCUUUGUCGACCGUGGUGUGCAAGUCAGUGCCAACGUGGUGACCGCGUUUCAGCGGGUCGUUGCACAGUGCAGGCCGUACUACCUUGAAGACGAUGGAGAAGACGGCGUGGCGGACGAAUUCCACACGCUGGACUCCACCGUGCCCGAGCAGCUGAAACGGCUGGUGGUCGAGGACCUCGAAGAAGAUGUUUCCGAUUGGAACAGCUCGCACUGCUCGUCGGAGCCGGUUGACAGCCUUGGCGAUGUCAGCAUGCAGACUGCGGCGGACCUGAACGACAUGGACAUGCCGUAG